UACUUUACAUAUUUGGUUGAACUGCACAUGAGUGUAUGACCUGUUUCUAGUGUCCCGCUCGAAAAAAUCCAUUUUGCCGCGGCAUCACGAUAAACAACCAACAGAACAACAGACGAGGGUCCAGAUUCAAUUUCGUGGUGCACAUUUAGCUACAGCAUUGAAGAAAUUCAUUUUCCAAUAUGUCUCAUACUGAAAAUUCCAACAGUCGACAUCAUGUAAACAAUAAUAUUGAAUCAAAUCCAUCUAGACCAAUUCAAUCCACACAAGAUAGACAAAAUAAACUUUCAGCAACCAAUGCUCUCGGUAUUACUGACGAAACUGCCUAUCCAACUCCUUCCUGUACACAAAGCAACGAUACCAUAUCUAGUGCACAAACAAAUUCAACUAUACCUAAUAUACAUGGAUUUGACUUUGGUGGAUCUAGUUCACAGAGCAAUGUAACUAUACCUGGUAUGCAGAACAUUAACUUUAGACCUAGUUCACAGAGCAAUGACAUUGGUUCUAGAGCUUAUAUGUCACACUAUGUACGUAGAACAUUAACUGGAUUAACGGCUGAAUCGUGGGCCCAAUAUAGGGCUAGAUAUCCCACACCUAAUCAUCUACAAAAAGUACACCCUAACGUAAUAGAAUACACUCAAGUACGUCCUCACUGGUAUCGUGUAGUAUCAAUUGAUGUAAAUUCAGCCGAUUCAAAUGAAUCAUACUCCUCACAACCUCAAAAAGUUCAACGUACAGCAAACGGUCGACGUAGUACUGCGGGUGUAACUAAUACUCAAUCGGAUGUGGAAUGGUAUCGUAGAGUGAAUCGUGAUGUUAUUGAGUCACAGAAAAAAGUACCAUCAUCACGAUCCGAAAGGUUGGAACGUAGGAGCGAAAGUCAACAUCUUACACUGCCUCUGUCGUCUAUUCAAGCUCAUUCAAACCAUAAUCAUCCAACAAGUUCAGUGAAUAAUAUUCUUCAAGUUGAUUCACAAAAUGAACCGAUUCCCUUGAAUAAAAGAUCUAAUGAAAGUGUAGGAUACCAAUCUGACAAUGGUAUUCAUAUAAUGAAUCCUCCAGCCUUACAUUGUCCAAUUCAAAACUUAAACAGUGACCAGUUAUCAGCUGUAUCAAUUUCAACAAAUUCUGAACCUAGUAUUAUUCAAGAUACAACUCCUUCUUCAACUGUGACUAAUAAUUCAAACCAUGCACAAGUAUUAAUUGACCUCGAUGAUUUUGAUACUAAUACUGAAGAUCAACCCCUUCCUGUUCCACCAAAUUCCUCUAAUGCAGUCAACCCUAAUCCAGGAAACAAUGUAAUUGGAUUUAUUCCAACUCUAAGUGAUUCACCAGUAAUCAAUGAACCCGAAACACUUGAAGUUGUUAUUCGUUCGAGAGACUAUGCUGAUUAUAACAUUGUUAUCUCAAAUCCUACUAUUAUCCGAAUGCAUAAAAUUUUACAAAGAUCUAUUUUGAGUUCAAACAAUACAAAUUCUCCUGCAAACAAUACAAUUUUGUAUCAACAAGUCAAUAACUAUAUGCGAGUCUUAAGAAACACUAUAUUAUCGACAGAUACCAAUUCUUCAAGUGUUUCAUCAUUAAUGAGUGCAUCAGUUCCUCGGUCGCUCACUAUUGAUCAAUCUUCUUAUCCUCUACUUGAUAAUACAUCUGAAAUGCCACCAAUAACUAUAAUUGACCGUAUACAAAAUGGUUGUGUCAUUAAAGAAUUAACAAACUGUGCAAUAUGCUUGGAAGAAAACAAUGGUAAUGUCUUGCUAGAGCCAUGUAAACAUUACAAUAUGUGUGGAGCUUGUAUGGAAAGACUGACAUCAUGGAUUUGCCCAAUAUGUAGAAGUCAUAUAACAAAUAUAAUAGUUUAUGUUUAAGUAUGAUAUAUACAAUAGAGCGUCGAUUAUCCACACUAAUUAGGACCGAAGGGGGUGCGGAUAAUCAAACAAUUAUUUGAAAUUUUAAAAUAAAUU